AUGGAGACCUUGGCCAGUAACACAGAAGGGAAAGGGACAGCAGGGUCGUGUUUGGUCUCAGCAUAUAUAAGCGGUAGUAAAGUGGGGAACACCUCAUUCGGAUUGAAGCAAGCCGUCAGUGCUGUUCGUCAGGUGGUCGUCGGUAGUCUUCCUCAGCCAACUUUGCCUCCAUCACAGGAGAAGAGGACUGUAAUGGCCCGCACCAAAAGUGGUAUCCAAUGUUGCAAGGUUGGAUCUACUGCAAUGCGUUUGAAAUUACACCUUAUGAAUCAUCGGUUGGACCAGGAUGUGGAUGUGAAAAGG